AUGUCCAGCUUGUACGUUCGUGAUGGUAUCUCCACGGUCGAGCCGCCUCUCUCGCAGGCAGUGGGCUACAUCGUGGUUGUGUUAAUCGGCAUUAUCAUCGCUCUCGUGAUGAUGCUUGUCACUAAGAUCUUGAAGAAGACCACUGGUGAGGAUAAUAAGAAGACCGAAAUGUUCAUGACUGCAAAUCGAACCGUGCGAACUGGUCUCACUGCAUCAGCUGUUAUCUCUUCUUGGCUUUGGUCGACAGCACUUUUGGGCUCUUCAUUUGUUGGAUACGACUACGGUAUUGCAGGACCAUUCUGGUUUGCUGCUGGAUGUAGCCCAAUGAUUGUGUUCUUCGCCCUACUCGGUAUAUCGUGCAAACGGAAGAUCCCUGAAGCACAUACGUCCUUAGAGAUUGUUCGAAUUCGAUACGGUCGAGCCGCUCAUGUUGUGUUCAUGAUCUUGUGUUUGGUCAAUAACAUCUUCGCUUGCGCAAACAUGCUUCUUGGAGCGGCUGCUGUUAUCUCUGCCGUGUCUGGCAUGCAUAUUAUUGCCGCAACCUUCUUGCUACCUGUCGGCGUGACGGUAUAUACCUUCGUGGGAGGUAUCAAAGCAACCUUCUUGACCGAUUACUUCCAUACAGCUGUUAUCCUCAUCAUUGCUUGCUAUUUCUCUGUUAAGGCCUUUUCGGACAACCAAAUCGGCUCAGUGGGCAACCUCUUUGAGCUCCUCAAAGCGGCAGGUGAGCGCCACCCCGUUUCUGGUAAUCAGAAUGGGACCUAUUUGACCAUGACCUCAAAGAGCGCCAUCCUUUUCGGUAUUCUUCAUACUUGCGGCAACUUUGGCCUUGUCGUUAUGGAUACCAGUUAUUUCAUCAAGGCUUUCUCUGCAUCCCCUGCUGCAGUUGUACCCGGAUAUACAAUUGGGGGUAUUGCCUAUUUCGCGAUUCCUUGGGCCCUAGGCACAGUGAUGAGCUCUGUUGCCCUUGGAUUGGAAAAUCAGCCAAACUUCCCAACGUAUCCUCGACGAAUGACUACGUCUGAAGUCAGUGGUGGACUGGUUCUUCCUUAUGCAGCAAUGACCAUCGCAGGCAAAGGUGGGGCGGCCGCUGUUCUUCUCAUAACAUUUAUGGCCGUGACUUCUACACUCUCUGCACAGGUGAUUGCAGUCAGCUCGAUCUUGAGCUUCGACGUGUAUCGAGAGUAUUUCAAGAAAUCAGCCACCGACCGCGACUUGAUUCGGUCGAGUCACUUCGGCGUCAUCUUCUUUGCCGCUUUCUCCGCUGGGUUCAGCACGAUGCUGCACUACGUCGGCAUUGACCUCGGCUGGACGCUAUACAUGCUCGGAGUGGUUACUUGCCCGGGAAUUUUCCCAAUGGUUUUUACGGUUCUAUGGCGCCGCCAAAGCAAGGCUGCGGCAAUCCUCUCGCCCAUCCUUGGUCUUGCGACUGGACUUGGUGUGUGGCUUGGAACAGCAUCCCAUUUUGGGGGCGAGGUCUCCAUCGCCAGCACCGGUCAAGUGCUGCCUUGCAUGUAUGGCACGAUAGCGUCUUGUUUCUCGCCAAUCCCAUAUUCAAUUAUAAUUACCCUGCUGCGACCACAAAGCUACGACUGGGCUGAUUUCCGGAAAGAGAAGCUCGCGCUUGAGGAAUUAAAUAGCGACUUGACCACCACUCACGUCGCGGGAUCUCAUAGUCCUAUUAAAGUAAGUAGCAUUGAGAAUGGAGGGCUUCCGAGUGCUACUUCAGAGUCGAAAGAGCUGAAGCGAUGGGGUCGUAUUGCGGCUUUCUGGUCCAUCGCGACAUUUUUGGGGCAUUGGGUGAUUUGGCCCUUGCCCAUGUAUGGAUCUCACUAUGUUUUCGAGAAGAAGUUCUUCAUCGCCUGGGUCGUCAUUGCUAUCAUAUGGCUUUGGGGAACUAUGCUUGUCGCUAUCUUCUACCCGCUUUUUGACGGUGGCAUCCAGCAGAUUCGUCAGGUCCAUCGAAAUCUGACUGGAAAGGAAAACCUGAACCACAGUGUUGAGACUGCCGAAAAGGGAACGAAAAAUGGUCCAGAAGUGUUUCCCUCGUCGUCUACAGAAUCAACCGACGAAGGCCAUCAGUAAUUGAUGCUCAAGGCUGACGGCGUAUAACUUCAUGAAUUGGAGGAGAAGUGGAAUGGGAAACCUUUUUGAGAGACACGUGGACCUUUUUGCCAUUGGAUGCUUUGACGGAUCAAUUUAGUUCUAAUAUAUGGGUAUUUAUAUGGGCUCUUUGUAUUUGUAUUUCUGAGAGCUGGAGCGUAUCGUUGCCAUCCCAUCAUUCUCUCGCUUCAAUUUAUGGGCAGACAAGCAAUCAACCAA